AUGACCGCUUACUCCGAUGAAAGCUCCAUGGACGAUGACUCUCUUCACGAGUCUCGUCCAUAUAAUAGAAAAGCAUUAGAACGCAAACUAUCGACCUUUGAUGAUCAAUUUGGCGGCAGCAACGGAGAAUCGUCUCAGGUGUUGACAGCGACGACAGGAUCUUCGACGGUUCUGGGUAGUUCUGGUCUUAACGAUUCUGAUCAUUCCAAUGAUUCGUUGUACUUUGAUGUAGAAGCGGAGAAGAAAAAGAAGAAAAAACAGACCAAGAAGGUUGAACCUUCGUUCAAUCAAAGUGGUGCAUUGGAGAUUUUGAUGUCACCGCCAGCAAAGAAAAAAGCUUCAGCAGCAGCAGCAGCGAUGGUGUUACCCAAGAGUAUCGCAAAAGGCAAAAAAGAAACGAGUGGCAGCAGCAUGUCUUCCAAAGUAGCGAGCACACUUGAUAAGCUUGGCAGCGAGUCUAAGAAGAAAACGUCGAGGCAUUCAUUGAAAAGCAAAUCAGGUGAUAACGACAAGGCCACCGUCGAUGAAAUGUGGGACCUCUUAGGAAAAGGAUCAGGCCAUGGUGCCAAUCAUAACCGCAGCAAGAGCAUUACAAUGACAGACCUUACAGAUUCAUGCGGAUUUAUAGUUGAACCUGGGUCUCCUGGAGCAUUAUCUUCAAGUGCACAUCGGAACAACAACUCGGCCGGUGAAAUCGGUCGAUCUUCUCGUCGAGGUGGACGACGAAAUGGUAACGGUAUGGGAAGCAGCUCUCACCAAAAGGGAGGUCCUACCGAUGCAGAACUCACGGUGAGUCCUGCCGCUCGAAAGGGUGCUAUUCGAAGACGUCGUGAUCAGAACAACCAGCUGCGGUCCUCCUCUCACGGUCCUGGAGAUCGACUGGGUUCUUCUUCCCACGGACCUGGUGAUAGAGUUACUGCACAGAGUCCCGGUCCUGGGACUCCUCGCUCGCGUAACCGAAGCAUGGGAAAGCUCGCUCAAGUACCUGCCAUGGAGACUCAAUCGGCUCAUGUGUCUACUGACACUCCUGUCAAAAGACGGAUGCGUCGCAGAGGAAGUGGGUCCAUGGGUCCACCGGUCGAUCUUCCAUUCAGCAGUCCAGGAUCUGGUUCCAAAGAAGCCGUUAAUGCUGCUGAUUUCCUAUCUGUCAACAAGGGCGUAAUGUCGCCUUCAGAUGGCGGCAAACGUCCCAUGAGAGGUCGUCGUCCAAGUCAACGAGGUGGUGAUGAUCUCAAGUCACCAUCGGAUCAUAAUCCACGACCGGUGCGCAACGGCUCCAUCAAGUCUGCUGCUGGACGACCCCAGCGCAACGGCUCCACUGGGACACGACCGAUGCGCAACGGCUCCAUCCAGUCUGUUGGUGGCACUGGGGGAAGACGAAGGCGAAGCCGAGAUCCCGCACUCGUGAAUGCUGGGGUACCUCAAGCAUAG